AUGUCUAAAUCCGAUGCAGGAGCGCUAUCCCGACACCCCCUGCGCGAACCUCACUGGAUCCGUAACGGGAAGGACUGCAAGGGAAACCAAGGCCAGACCUCUAUAGCGGGAGGCUACGGCUCUAUCUAUGCAGGACCGACUACCACACGCCGCAGGACUACCGACUACGAGCCAGGAGUCCAGGACUCCUGCUCCUGCGCCAGCGCCAGGACCCCUACCACUCCCGACCCGAUCUGUCCUGCCAGAGCGCCCCGCUACACCGGAAUGAUGGGAACUGUGCUGGUACAAGGCAUCGCAAGGGUGGAAAAAGACCUCCUGAUAACGCGCCGUGGUAGCGUGGUUGCAGAGGGCCGCGAAACUACCACGACGGGAAAGAUGACGGGUCGCACCGAACAUCAUCCUGCCAGUGAGGGUCGCAAAGGGCAACACGAGGGCCGUGCCGAACAGCAUCACGAGGGUUGUGCACGAAUGUGCGAUGCCGUCACUCAGCAUGACUCGAGCUCGAUUAUCUGGUGGAUCGAACUACUCACAAUCUGUCAAUGGUGGAACGGGCACGACUGCGAGGAGAUCCCAAGGCAAAAUCUCUAUGGCGAGAGGCUAUGGCUCUCUAUCGGUGAGGACCGACUACGACGCUGCGCGAGACUACCGACUGCGAGCCGCCGAGCCAGGACCUCCAGACCACCCUGA